AUGUCACCCCAUUAUCCUCAAAUCAGUGAUACCACUGGUGGUAAAGUGGAGGUGCCCCAAGCAGUCAUCGCUCAAGCCGAAGCUGCUGCCAACUCAAAUCAACCGGAAGACAGUCAACGUCAUUCUCAAUCUGCCUCAGAUCAGACACCCGAAGCCUCGGGCUCAAAGGAAACCCAUUUGCACUCUACUGCCAACCGUCAAAAGAUAGAUGGUGCUCGAUCCAGCAACGCCCAACCAUCAGCGAGUACAGAACAGCCCAUCGAACAAGUACCGUCAGUGGCCUAUGGUACGCAACUGGGUCAGGUUGACUUCAGCCAAGACGGGUUCGACACAAAGGCGAAGGUUGCAGACGAUGGUCGUCUCAACAUUAAAAUCAAUCAGAAGACUCGAGGCCUGUCCGACUUGCUGGUGCCAGCUUUGCGAAGCCAGCUUAACCUGCAGCAGGUAGACCAUCCAGCGGACCACCCUCCUGGCUACAUUCCCCCUGCUCUGGGCGGACUUCCUGGCCAAGCGCCUCCUCCGCCGUUGAAUGUUGUCAUUCAUGUUGUUGGUUCACGAGGAGACGUCCAGCCCUUCAUUGCUUUGGGCAAGGUUCUAAAGGAGACCCAUGGACAUCGCGUAAGGCUAGCCACCCAUGGGACGUUCAGACAAUUUGUAGAGGAGAAUGGCUUGGAGUUCUUUAGCAUUGGUGGCGAUCCUGCGGAGCUCAUGGCAUUCAUGGUGAAGAAUCCUGGUUUAAUGCCCGGAAUGGAUUCCCUUCGCAGCGGCGACGUUGGUAAACGACGUAAGGGUAUGUAUGAGAUUGUGCAAGGUUGCUGGAGAUCCUGCAUUGAAGUUGGUGAUGGUACUGGUAUAAGAGCUUCAGACGAUCAUCUGGACAGUCGUUCCAGUCUCGACAGUGGAAUUGGUAUGGACAGUGACCCGUCCGCAAAACCCUUCGUGGCCGACGCGAUCAUUGCAAACCCACCGAGUUUUGCUCAUAUACAUUGCGCCGAGAAGCUGGGAAUCCCCUUGCACCUCAUGUUCACUAUGCCUUGGUCACCGACGCAGGCUUUCCCUCAUCCUCUGGCCAAUAUCCAAUCAUCCAAUGCCGAUACAAGCAUAACAAAUUUCAUGUCGUACGCUUUGGUAGAGAUGAUGACGUGGCAGGGCCUCGGCGAUAUAAUCAAUAGGUUCAGGGAGAAGAGCCUGAACCUAGAACCAGUGAGUCUUAUGUGGGCACCUGGUAUGGCGAGUCGAUUGCGUAUUCCAUAUACGUACUGUUGGUCACCGGCUUUGAUCCCUAAGCCCAAAGAUUGGGGUCCCCACAUUUCUAUUUCGGGCUUCUAUUUCCUUUCUUUGGCCAGUAGCUUCACGCCUGAGCAUGACCUUGCCGCUUUUCUUGCGGCAGGACCACCACCAGUCUACAUUGGAUUUGGAUCCAUUGUUGUCGAUGAUCCAAAUGCCAUGACGAGGCUCAUAUUCGAAGCUGUCAAGAAAACAGGUCAACGAGCACUAGUAUCCAAAGGCUGGGGUGGAUUUGGAGCAGACGCUCUUGGAAUUCCAGAAGGUGUAUUUAUGCUCGGCAAUGUGCCUCACGACUGGCUCUUCAAGCAUGUUUCAUGUGUGGUUCACCACGGUGGCGCUGGCACAACUGCAGCCGGAAUCGCACUCGGCAAACCGACUGUGAUAGUCCCAUUCUUUGGAGAUCAGCCUUUCUGGGGAGCGAUGGUUGCAAAAGCAGGAGCGGGACCUUUACCAGUACCCAGCAAGCAACUCACCGCGGACAAAUUGGCGGCGGCGAUUCUCGAAGCUCUGAAACCAGACACGCUGCAGAGAGCACAGGAGCUGGGAGCGCGAAUAGGUUCCGAGAAGGGUACAGAUGUUGGAGCACAGAGCUUCCACGAGAAAUUGGACGUCGACUCUAUGCGUUGCCUAGUUUCACCGAGUCGCGCCGCUGUAUGGCGUGUCAAACGAACAACCAUUAGGCUUAGUGCAUUCGCAGCAACAACCUUGUUCAACGAAAAUCUUUUGGAUUUCAACAACCUGAAACUGUAUCGACCACGAGAGUACGACUCCGAGGAUGGUCCGUGGGAUCCCAUAUCUGGUGGUGCAUCAGCGCUUCUUGGGACUCUCGGCAGCCUUAUGAUGGGUUUUGCUGAUUUCCCCGUCGAGAUAUUGAGAGCGCUAAGGAUAAAGCCAUCAGAGAACAUCGCUGAUUCAGAAGUCCCAUCAGCUGGAGAGAAAACAGCUGGAGAGAAAACAAAGUCUGCAAAUUCCUCCAAGGUAUCACUCGAUUCAGCGCCAACAGGCGUAGGAAAUCGCGAGGACUCGGUUGACCCUGCAAGUCCAUUGGAACUCGGCGAUUCCAAUGAAGCACCGUUGUCGCCUACAGACACGGAUCGCCAAAGUCUGACUCGACCAGGAGCCAGGUCGCAUCGUCCGAAUUCGAUGAAGAGUGCCCUGAGAGGCUCUCUAUCAAGGUCAUCUUCACGGAAUUCGAGCCCCAACAGGCGAGCGCCACACCCCCAUAGAACUCUAUCUGGUAGUCAAGCAGGUCAAAUAUCUCUAGAAGCCGCCGUUGGAGCUGGUAAGAGCAUCAAGCAAAUUGUUGGUGCAGGUUUAAAAUCGCCUAUGGAUUUUACGCUUAGCCUGGCAAGAGGAUUUCACAACGCACCAAAGCUCUAUGGCGAUGAGAGUGUCCGUCAGGCAGACAAGGUAACUGGUCUACAAAGUGGUUUGAAGGCUGCUGGCAAGGAAUUUGGAUUUGGGUUCUACGAUGGUAUAUCUGGCCUAGUUACUCAGCCCUUGGAGGGUGCGAAGAAGGAAGGCGUCGCAGGUUUGAUCAAGGGGUUCGGAAAGGGCAUCGGAGGAGUCGUCUUGAAACCGGGUGCAGCUAUCUGGGGACUCCCGGGCUACACGUUUAAGGGAAUAUACAAAGAACUCCAGAAGCAUUUAGGCUCAAGUGUUCAGAAUUAUAUCGUUGCAGCUCGUACGGCGCAAGGGUACGACGAAUGGCACAAUGCGUCCCCGGAGGAGCGACUCGAUGUUGUCAGCCGAUGGCAAUCAAUCCAGGUCGAGAUCGAGAAAGAGAAACAGCUCGCACGGCACGGCGUUUUCCAUGGACAUCACUGUUACCUCAAAACAACCAUUGAGGAGAGAAGGAAGUCGUCCGCGGAGAAGAAAGGGAAAAAAAAUGCGAAAGGCAAUGCCACCGCAGAUGCCUUUGCAGAGAUACGCGCUUCUCAUCCUCUUGUAGCUCAGACGCAGAAGUCCAAGGAAUCUGACCCAAGUCACGAUGGCGCAGACUUCGAAGAAGCUAUCCGGACGUCUGUCGCAGCCACGUCUCAUGGGAACCCCGAAGAAGACCAGGUGAUUGAAAAAGCAAUCAGAGCAAGUAUAAUGGAGCUUCACCUGGCGUCGAAAGAAGGUGACAACGAUGAAGCCAUUCAGAGAGCGAUCCAAGCAAGUGCAGCUGAAGCCACUCAAGCUCGAAGUGAAGACCGUUCAAAGCCUCGACCUACCACUUUGGACGGAGCCGGCGAUCACGAGAAGGAGCUCGCGGUAGCUUUGCAGCGCAGCGUGCAGGAAAACCAACAGUCGGAAGCACGACACCCACUCGCUGAUGCCGAUUUCGAUGACUCGGGCGUCGAUACCGAUGAUGAUGAGAACAUCAAAGUUGCAAUCGAAAGGUCAAAGCCUACGCCCAUAGGACAGCCAAGAGCUGGAAACGACGAGGAUGACUUUCAAACGGCAAUUGAACUCUCCAAGAAAGCCCAUGAAGAGCACGAGUACGGCCUGAGCAAAUCAAAGACAGAAGAAGAGAUCGUGCUUGCAUAUAUCAAGAAGCAAAGUCUAGCCGAGGAACAGCUCAAGAAGUCUGUUGCUGCCAAUAGGGAUUAA